UCCAUAGGAUUAUGUCGUGACGGUGUUCCUGCGACAACAAUGGAACGAUCCUCGCUUCGUUUACACUGGCUUCGACGGUAACCUCACUCUAUACGACACCGUAAUUGACGAUGUUUGGCUACCCGACGUGUUCUUCGUGAACGAGAAGGCUGCAGGGUUCGCCUCAUCAACCGGAUCUAGCAGGAUGAUGAGAAUCCACCCAAAUGGCGAUGUACUGUUUAGUACGAAGAAGACUGCACUACUUGCGUGUCCGAUGAACUUCCAACUCUACCCGAUGGACAGCCAGGAGUGCUCUAUUAAGAUAGAAAGCUUCAGUCACACUACCAUGGAUAUCGAUCUCAAAUGGAGUGAAGUGCCGUUGAUUCUGAAUGAGGCUAUCAGCCUCCCGGAGUUCCGGAUCCUCGGUGUGGAUUCUAAGAGGUGUGAUGCUACCAGAGAGAUAGGCACAUUUUCUUGCCUGGAAGGGCGGUUCAGAAUGGUCCGCAGGAUGGGCUACUACAUCAUACAGACAUAUAUACCAAGUAUUCUGAUCGUGAUCCUGUCGUGGCUGACGUUUUGGAUCAGUCCUGAGAUCGCACCUGCUCGUGUGGCGCUCGGCAUCACCACCGUGCUGACAUCUACCACCUUUACAGCCAUCAACAGAAGCACCAUGCCCAGAUUCUCCUACGUGAGAGCAAUAGACAUCUGGCUUCUGGCGUGUUCGUUCUUCAUCUUCGCCGCUCUGGUUGAAUUUGCGGCCGUUCACUUUCUCUUUAAACGGCACAAGAAGUUCGGCUUCUCCGGUAGGCUCAGAAGGUUUCUGGGCAUAGAACAGACUCCACCGGAGGGAGUUGAGGAGGUCGAACUAAAACCUUCAGCUUCCGCCCACUCGGAACGCUUACUGUUAGGAGGAGGACACACGGAGAUACGACUUGAGAACGCCGAGCCCAAGCCUGCUGAGCCUACCGAAGAAGAGAAACACCACCGCACCCUUGAAGAGCUCAGGGCUCUUUAUCAAAAGCGUGCCCGCAGGAUAGACUUGGCGGCACGGAUCCUCUUUCCCCUGGUUUUCUGCGUCUUCAACAUUGUCUACUGGGGCAUCUUUCUGCCACAGUAUGAAGGAUGAUGGAACUAAACAAUUCACGAUUACUUAGUUUGUGGUGCAUACCCGGUAAACCUCCGUAUGGCGUAACACUUACUGAAGACUACAAGCUGCGUGUCUGGUCAGAUUUAUUUGAUCCACUCACACCGGGAAGGACUCACUACUCUCUUUACGAUAAACGUGGUGGGUUGAGCUUGAGAUUGGGCUGUCCUCGAACUUGGGACCUCCAUUUAACGUCCUAUCCGAGGAAUACUAGGGGAUAUAUUGAUAGUUCUAGAAGAUUUUUAUGUUGGAUAUGUGGCAUGGGCAGUAUAGGUGAUGUCAAGAAAUGAAACUGUUGUGAUGGUAAAGACUAUGCAAAGCAUACCAACAUGAAAAUACCGGAACGCGUCUUUUCAAGUUAAACGGAUACGGAGUGGAUAUGAUAUUAAAUUAUCUUCUGUAAAUAUGAUAGAAAGGACUGGACCAAUGGUUGGGGCAGACGUCAUCAUUCGACGUAUGAUUGACAGCUGUUCACGUCCGAUAUAUUGAGUAGAUGACAACAGCAUAAACCGAUGAAUUGGUUAUUGUUGAUUGAUUUUGACAAGGCACGAACAUUGAUUGUUGUUGAUGCAUGCUUUCUGCUUGGCAUAUUGUUUUUGAUGAAGGUUAUACUAGUGGCCGUGUAACACUAUGUCGGUCACGAAUAUUGCGGAUGUGCUGGUAUAUGAAGGAAGGUGUAUAUGAAUGGUCUCUCAUAAAUUGUCAUGUAACGUUGUGUAUACUGAAAGUAUAGGUAAAUUGGUUUGGGAAUUUCGUGUAUGGAAAUUGUAUGACGAGAAGAAAGGUGAUAUUUUGUCCUCUUUGUAUAUCUUUAUCUACUCAUUGUGAAUGAAUGAAUGUUUGAUUUUAGCACAAAUUUUUUCAUAGGUAAAAAAAACUAUUACCCUAUGUUGGAAGAGAAUUCAUUUAAAACUUCAUGCGAGUGCUUUAUUUUCUGUGUCAUGUAUAUGUAAAACCACUGUCUAAUAUGUUAAUUUUUUCUUAUAGUAAUUUUCGCUACCAAAAUUGCAAGCAGUCAUAAUCAUAUUCGUUGCAAUAUCUUGCAAUACCCAUCGUUGUCCCUUAGGAACUUUGAAACAAAUGCAAUGUGACAGUAUGUACAUAUCAAUUGAUAAAGCUUAUCAAUUCUUAUUUCAUAACUACAUGUCAUGUGAA